CAUAAAUAUUUAUUAGUCGUUUGGCAAUGUGAAAGAGAAGUGCUGUGUUGCAUCAAAUUUGGCGCCGGAGCUUUCACGGCCUUAGCGCCCAUUGCUAAAUCGGUAGCUAUUCAAUUCAUAGCACUGUAUCGAUAGAAUAUAAUAGUUAAAUUAGUAGCUAAAGUGUUUGGGUUAAUUAUAAAUUGGAUAUAAGUGAACGCGCCCAUUGGUUUCUCAAAAUCGCUUGAACUUGGCAGACUUUGGAACUGGUCGACGGGUUGGUCGGGCGGUGAGUCCGACGGUUCCUCGAUGAUGAUCUCUGAUGUUGUUGUUGUUGCUAUUGUUGUGAUUUGAUUGGUGCCAGUUACUGUUACUAUUGUUGCUGUUGUUGUUGCUGCGCUAUUACUGUUAACUAGAAGUUGUUGGUGCUGUUUUCUGGUGCUCGACCUGCAGCUGGAGUUGGAGUUGGAGUUGGAGUUGGAGCUGGAGCGGCCGCAUUACACUUUGUAAAUCGGUCAAUGGUAACGGGCUUGUAAGCAGGUGCAACUACAACGGAGAGAGCCAGAGCGAGGAAGAGCCGCAGAUAAAUAUAAAAAAAAAGAGUGAGAGGCGACAGCAGCGGGCUAAGCAAUCAAAACAUGUCACUAAAGAAGGAAACACCCUCGGAUGUGAUGCUUCAUCUGGCAGCUCUACGUGGCGACGUUGUCGAGAUGCGCCGAGUGCUCGAUACUGGCAAAGUGCAUGUCGACUGCAAAGAUGAGGAUGGAACCACGCCUCUUAUUCUAGCCGCAGCUGGUGGUCAUAUCCAUUGCGUUCUAGAGCUUCUCGAACAGGGCGCCGAUCUGAAUUCGCGUCGCUCCACAGGCACCACUGCUCUCUUCUUUGCCGCCCAGGGCGGACACUUGGAUGUGGUGCGCAUUUUGCUGAAAGCACGCGCUAAGGUCGACACACCCUCCCUAGACGGGGGCACGCCCCUUUUUGUAGCUGCCCAGGGCGGACAUGUAAAGAUCAUCAGAGAGCUGCUGGACUGCGGCGCAGAUGUGAAUGCCAGCAUGAAGGAUCGCGCCACACCCGCUUUUAUAGCUGCACAGAAUGGUCAUCGUACGGUUUUGUCGCUGCUGAUCCUGGCCCACGCCUCGAUGGACAUCAAACGUAUCGAUGGAGCCACCCCGUUGUGGAUCGCGGCACAGAUGGGGCACGAUCACAUAUGUAAGGUGCUGCUACAGAAUGGAGCGAAUAUUGAUACAGUGCGCUGUGACGGUGCCACGCCUCUGUUUAAAGCAGCCCAUAAGGGACACGCUUCGGUGGUCACAGUUCUUCUCAAAUAUCGCCCGAAUCUGGGCCUAUUGCCCAAUGGGGAGACUGCUCUGCACGCAGCUGCCAUGUUUGGCCACAUGACUGUUUGCAAGCAACUCGUGGCAGCUGGAAGCGAUGUCCUGCUUAAAAAUCAGGAUGGCUUAACAGCCAUGGAGUUGGCACAUCACGAGAACUACGGUUCAAUCUGUGAAUAUCUGAAGGAGCGAAUGCGUGCGCUAAUGGAACGGAAUACCUUGGCCAUGGCCCAGAUGCGUUUGUCAACGUAAAGGCGAUCCAAUAGAGAAAUAUGUACGAGUAUACAUUACACGACCAAAUCGAAUCCCUUAAAAGUACCUUUUCUGCACAAUAUAUUGGAUUAUUUAUUCACUUAACUUAUGAUUAGAAAUAUGAAACAGCAAAGUUCUUUUGAUUGCCACGGAGUUCGAUUGGAUAUACUAAGUAUAGAUAAGGGUACAGAAACUGAAUUAUCUGCUAUUUUCAUUUGCAAAUGACGCAGCUA